UCCCUGCUUUCCUAUUUUCCUAAAAACACGUGUGCCAACGGUUUAUUUGCACUGUAGUAUUCCUCCGUUUUCAGUAAAUCAAGUGCAUAUUUUUUAAGAAAGAAAUAUUUUAAGUCGCCAAAGUUAAGAUUUGACAAUGACCGAUCGAGCUAGCGAUUCAGAAGGAGAAGAACCUACAAUUUCGGAAGAUGUUGUCGUCACAAAGUAUAAAAUGGCGGGCGAUAUGGCCAAUCGUGUGUUGGCACAUGUUGUGAAAGCAACUGUGGCAAAUGUCACAGCUAGAACUCUGUGUGCUAUGGGAGAUGCAUUGAUUGAAAAGGAAACCGGAAAUGUUUAUAAAAAUAAAAAAGACAUGAAAAAAGGUGUUGCGUUUCCUACGUGCGUUUCUGUCAACAAUUGUGUUUGUCAUUUUACGCCGCUGGCUUCAGAUGGUGAUGUGGAAAUUUGUGAUGGCGACAUGGUGAAAAUAGAUCUAGGAAUUCAUAUUGAUGGUUAUAUAGCAGUUGUGGGACACACAGUGGUAGUUGGAGCAAGCAAGGAGAAAAAAGUCACUGGUCGUAAAGCAGAUGUUCUAUUAGCGGCACAUUACACCUCCGAACUUUUACAUCGUACAGUUAAACCAGAUGAAGAGAACUUUACCGUAAGUGAUAAUAUUGAGAAAGUCGCGGAAGCUUUCAAAUGCAAACCAGUUGAAGGAAUGCUAUCGCAUCAGUUGAAAAGAAAUGUCAUUGAUGGGGAAAAAUCGAUCAUACAAAAUCCAAACGAGAGUCAAAAAAAAGAACACGAGAAAUGCACGUUUAACGUUCACGAAGUUUACGCGAUAGAUGUGCUGAUCAGCUCAGGAGAUGGCAAGGCGAAAGAGAAAGAUACACGAACGACUGUCUAUAAACGGACGCCAAACCUCUACAGUUUAAAAAUGAAAACGUCUCGAGUGUUUUUUAGUGAAAUUUCAAACAAAUUCACCAGGAUGCCGUUUACGUUAAGAGCGUUUGAUGAUGAAAAACAAGCAAAAUUAGGAGUAGUUGAAUGUGUUAAACAUGGCCUUCUGGAGCCGUACAACGUUCUUUGGGAGAAAGACGGCGAAUAUGUCGCUCAGUUCAAAUUUACCGUCUUGUUGAUGCCAAACGGUCCUAUAAGGAUAACUCAGGGUCCGGCGUUUGAUUUAGAGACUGUUGAAAGUGAAUAUUCAAUUACCGACGAAAGUAUUAAGUCGAUAUUAGCGAGCUCUGUGUCAAGGAAAGCUCAAAAGAAGAAGAAGAAAAAGGCGGCUACUAAACCGGUCGACACACCGAAAGAAGAGAAAACAGCUUCGUGAAUUGAAAACAUUAUUUUUCAUUGUAGUGCAAAUAUUCUUAAAUAAAUGUACAUAAAAAUGUAUAACAUUACGAGUUGUGAAACUCGUGUCGUUUUAAGAAGCACGGUAAUAUUUUCGUCAGGAAAUGUUUGUAUCUCGCUUGCAGGUUAGUAGAAAUACAAGCCCUCGCUGUUUUCUGUUUUCUGAA